ACACACACCAGAAAAUGGCUAAAAUAUAGAGAAAAUAAAUGAAUGGUUGAACUUUAAUAGAAACAGACUUGAAGAAUAAGGUAACUUCCUUACUUUUGGCCUCAGUUGCCCUUAUGUUGUAUGGCCAAAACCCGAGAAAAAACCAGUUUCAAUGGUGGAACCAAAAUUGGAAGCAAAGGAAACUGUACCCAUGUGAUUGGUAUAAACUCCAUGAUUAUUAAUCCCAUUAAAGAGAAAAUGGGUCCAAUUAGCCUCGGUUUCUUAGCUGUUACAGUCGGCUAAAAGAGGUCUUGGUGGAGAACAUUUUUACUUUGUCAGAAGGAUUAAAAAGCAAAAGCAAGAGUUAGUUUUUCAAAUUUUUUUAAUUUGUUUGAAAAAAGACAAAUCCCAAAGAGAGACUAUAAAAUCAGAAGGGAACAUCGGAGAAUUAGAUUUGUGGCAGAAAGCAUGGAGACAUUGGUGGGUAGAUUGGAAGCAGCAGUUUCUAAGCUUGAAGCCCUUGAGUCUAGGCUUGGUCUGGAUUCAUCCGGUCCAUCUGUCAGCAAAAGGGAAGCCCCACCGGUACCGAUAUCCACUCCCUCAGUUGAUGAUCCAAGAAUUUCUGAAUAUGACCAGUUUGUAGAGAAAUCGCUUGGGAAAGUUCUGAGUGCAGCAGAAAAGAUUGGAGGACAAGUUUUGGAUGCCACCCUUGUUCUCAAGGAUGCAUUUGCUGUUCACAGGGCCUUCCUUCUCAAAAUCAAGCAAUGCAAGCAACCGGAUCUUGAAGGCUUGACAAAAAUGAUUAGUCCACUAAAUGAAACAAUUACGAAGGCAAAUGCUUUAACAGAAGGAAGGCGGACCGAAUCUUUCAAUCACUUAAAGACUGUUGCAGAGAGCUUGACAGCUUUUGUAUGGAUUGCCUAUAGUGGGAAAGACUGUGGAUUAAGCCUUCCUGCUGCUCAUGUUGAAGAGAGCUGGCAAACUGCAGAGUUUUAUAACAACAAGGUUCUUGUGGAUUACAAAAAUAAGGAUAGCACCCAUGUUGAUUGGGCAAAGGCUAUGAAGGAGCUUUAUGUGCCAGGCCUGAGGGACUACGUCAAAAAAAAUUAUCCUACAGGGCCAGUUUGGAAUCCAUCUGGUGUUGAUGUAAACGUGUCUCCACAUGGUACUACGCCAACAGUUACCGCAAAAUCAGCAGCUCGGAAUCCACCUCCACCACCCCCACCACCAGCCUUUGGGCCUAUAGAAGUUGCAGAAACCCCAAAAGAAGGAAUGAAUGCAAUAUUUCAGGAGAUAAAUGCUGGAGAAUCUGUAACUGCAGGUCUAAGAAAGGUUUCAGAUGACAUGAAGACAAAAAAUCGCACUGAUAGAUCAGGAGUUGUUGCUGCAGCAUCUGGAAAAGAUAAAAGUGCUGCUAAGAGCUCUGUAUUUUCUAAGACGGGGCCUCCCAAGUUAGAGCUACAGAUGGGUCGCAAAUGGGUUGUUGAGAAUCAAAUAGGUCAGAAGAACCUGCAAAUUGAUGAUUGUGAUCCAAAACAAUCAGUAUACAUAUUUGGCUGCAAAGAUUCUGUUUUGCAAGUUAAAGGCAAAGUGAACAAUAUUACAGUUGAUAAAUGUACAAAAACAGGAGUUGUCUUCACGGAUGUUGUUUCAGCUUGUGAAAUAGUGAACUGCAACGGUGUUGAGGUGCAAUGCCAGGGGUCUGCUCCAACUAUUGCUAUUGACAAUACAUCAGGUUGUCAGCUAUACCUAGGCAGAAGUUCUAUGGGAGCAUCAAUUACAACGGCCAAGUCAAGUGAAGUUAACGUGCUAGUGCCUGGUGCAACUGAUGAUUCAGAUUUGGUAGAACAUAACUUGCCCGAGCAGUUCACACAUGCUUACAAAGAUGGACAGUUUGUAACGUCUGCUGUAUCCCACUCUGGUGGUUAAUUUUGUAAUUGUGGUUGAUUCAUAUCGGCUUAUUGAAUAGGUUUAAAAGGUCUGUUCAACAUGUUGGGAUUUGUGUGUUCUGCUGUAUGCUUUGUGUGGGCUUGCAGUUAAUUUCUACUGGGUUGGCUUUUGCCAAAUAUGGAAUGGUAGAUUUUUUUAGUAAGUAUUCUGUGUGUACAUGGCUGUAACGUGGAAUUUUGUUAGUCUCAUGGCUGUCUUGUGUAAGUCUGCAGACAAUGUGGUUCAGAUUUAGAAUAAAAGUUACUUUCUGACCACUAUUGCAUAUCAUUAUGUUGUUUUGUUCAGUCAUUAAUGCUCUUGGCAUCUAUGUGAAUCAUUCUAUUUAACAAGCAGAAAACCGAUUUAGAUUA